AUGAAGCCUCAGCCGCAGCGUGGCCACAAUGCCGAUGCCAACACCGACGCGAUCGCUGCGGGCUUCCUCAGGCUGUGGGUCAAGGAGAAUUGGGAAGAAGCUCAUGAAGCCGAGCCCGCGAGGCUCUGGCUUCCUCGAGAGAGAGGAGAGGAGCCGAAGGCUCAGUCCGAACCUGAGCAGGGAGCAGCCGCGGAGGGGAAAGAGGCGCGAUAUGAAGAAGGAGAAGAAAAGGAAGGCGGCGAUGUGGGCGCGGGAGCUGCGAGUCCCCCGGAUGGGGAAAGCCACGAGGCCAAGGCUGAGGUAGAGGCUGAGGCGGGCGCGGGCGGCGGCGAAGGCGGAGAGAAGGGCGGGGAGGAGCAGCGCCUGGGAGCCGCAGUCGAGGUUCGGAAGGCGGCAGACAGGCGCCACCGAGUCUCCCGGCACACCUUCACGCUGGAGCAGCUGCGGGAGCUGGAGGGAGUUUUCCACCGCACUCAGUAUCUCAGCGUCGCCUUGCGACAGGAGCUUGCAAGACACAUGGGAGUGACUGAAGAUAGAAUGCAGGUGUGGUUUAAGCAAAGAAGGGCCAAGUGGAGGAAAUAUCAGAGAACACUGAGGUUCAGAGAUGCACCGCCUCUGCUCCUGGCCCACCAUGUGGUCAGCAACUGGGGUGGACCCUGCAACACCAUCCUCAUUCAGGAGCCGAUUUGGGUCUGGGUCCUUCUGGAGCCGAUACCCCUGGAGCUGAUGCCCUUGCCGCCCAUGCCCCCCAGGCUGCCCCUGAUGCUCAUGCUGCCCUUACCCCCGCUGUUUCUGCUUCCUCUGCCCUGGAUUCUUCCACCCUCCAUUCGCUCCAGCUGCCCUCACAUGGCCUUGCCUGGUCCCCUCCCAGUGGUGGCCUUUCUGUAGCCCUGUUUCCUCUUGAAUGGUCUCUGUGACAGCUUUGUCGAAAGUGCCUUUGAGCCAGAUUGAAGUUCUGAUACCUCACCAUCAAGCAUACAAGGCCUUCCAAGUGCUUGCCAAGUGUGUUACAUAUAUGUGCCGAGUCAUUGACCCACUAUUUUAGG